AUGCCUGUAAAUCCAUGGACCCUCUUCUUCUUGUGUAUUUCCCUUCUACUUUCAUACCAUUUUCUCAUAGCUGCUGCAGUGAACCAACAAGGGGAGGCUCUUCUAUCAUGGAGGAGAACCCUGAACGGGUCCCUGGAGGUAUUGAGUAACUGGGACCCAGUUCAAGACACCCCAUGUAGAUGGUAUGGAGUGAGUUGCAACUGGAAGAACGAAGUAGUACAAUUGGAUCUGAGGUAUGUGGAUUUGCUUGGAAGACUUCCCAGCAAUUUCACCUCAUUGCUUUCAUUAAGCAGUUUGAUCUUAACCGGAACCAACCUCACGGGUCCAAUUCCAAAAGAAAUAGGCUACCUCCUGGAACUCACCUACUUAGACUUAAGUGAUAAUGCCUUGAGUGGCGAAAUCCCAACUGACCUAUGUUACUUGUUUAAACUCGAGGAACUCCAUCUCAACUCCAACAACCUUAUGGGGUCCAUUCCAGUUGCAAUUGGGAACCUCACAAAGUUGCAGAAGCUGAUCCUAUAUGACAACCAACUCAGCGGGGAAGUUCCUACCACCAUCGGCAACCUUAAGAGUCUUCAAGUGAUAAGAGCAGGAGGAAACAAGAACCUGGAGGGUACUUUACCACAAGAAAUUGGCAACUGCUCCAGUUUAGUGAUGUUGGGCCUUGCUGAAACAAGCCUCUCAGGUUCUCUGCCACCAACUCUUGGCCUUCUGAAGAAUCUUGAAACCAUUGCCAUUUACACUUCCUUGCUCUCCGGUGAAAUACCACCUGAACUAGGGGACUGCAAAGGGCUCCAAAACAUUUACCUUUACGAGAACUCUCUCACUGGAUCCAUACCAAGCAAGUUGGGAAACCUUAAGAACCUCGAAAACCUUCUACUGUGGCAGAACAACCUAGUUGGCACCAUCCCCCCGGAGAUUGGAAACUGCGAACAGUUGUCAGUGAUUGACGUGUCAAUAAACUCACUGACCGGAAGCAUUCCCAAAACAUUCGGGAACUUGACAUCAUUGCAAGAGCUCCAACUCAGUGUCAACCAGAUUUCGGGGGAGAUUCCAGGUGAACUGGGGAAGUGUCAGCAACUCACACAUGUGGAGCUUGACAACAAUCUCAUCACGGGUACCAUACCUUCCGAAUUGGGAAACCUUGCGAAUCUAACGCUCUUGUUCUUAUGGCACAACAAGCUGCAAGGUAAUAUUCCUUCUUCACUUUCCAAUUGUCAAAAUCUCGAGGCUAUUGAUCUGUCGCAGAAUGGAUUAACGGGUCCAAUACCCAAGGGGAUCUUCCAGCUCAAGAAUCUCAACAAGCUCUUGCUACUCUCCAAUAAUCUCUCAGGAAAAAUCCCCUCUGAAAUUAGGAAUUGUUCCUCCCUAAUUCGAUUCCGAGCCAACGACAACAACAUCACUGGGAACAUUCCCUCGCAGAUUGGGAAUCUCAACAAUUUGAAUUUCCUCGACCUAGGGAACAAUCGGAUUUCUGGCAGUAUUCCGGAGGAGAUUUCCGGCUGCCGCAAUCUCGCAUUUUUUGAUAUACAUUCCAACUUCCUCUCCGGAAACCUACCGGAAAGUUUGAGCCGGCUUGAUUCGCUUCAGUUUCUCGAUGUUUCCGAUAACAUGAUCGAAGGUAUACUGAAGCCUAACCUCGGCGAACUCACCGCGCUCUCCAAGCUCGUUCUCGCGAAGAAUCGAAUCUCCGGCCCAAUACCGAGUCAACUUGGUUCUUGUUCCAAGUUACAAUUACUGGAUCUCAGCAGCAACAAUCUCUCCGGCAAAAUCCCCGGCAGCAUCGGCAAUAUCCCGGCACUGGAAAUCACUCUGAAUCUAAGCCUAAACCAGCUCUCCGGCGAGAUACCUCAGGAGUUUUCUGGAUUGACGAAGCUCGGAGUGCUGGACAUUUCUCACAACGCCCUCAGUGGAAACAUUCAAUACCUCUCGAGUCUGCAAAAUCUCGUGGUGCUCAACAUUUCGUAUAACAAAUUCUCGGGACGCGUUCCGAACACGCCUUUCUUCGCGAAGUUGCCGUUGAGCGUGCUGGCGGGGAACCCGGCCCUGUGCUUUUCCGGCAACGAGUGCAGCGGUGAGGGCGGUGGUAGGUCAGGGCGGCGGGCAAGGGUAGCGCGCGUAGCGAUGGUGGUCCUGUUGUGCACCGCGUGCGUGCUACUCAUGGCGGCGCUGUACGUCGUGGUCGCAGCGAAACGACGCGGGGACCGCGAAAACGACGUGGAGAUAGAUGGAAAGGACAGCGACGCGGACAUGGCCCCACCAUGGGAAGUGACACUGUACCAGAAACUCGAUUUGUCCAUCUCUGACGUAGCGAAAUGUCUCUCCGCUGGCAAUGUCAUCGGCCACGGCCGAUCCGGCGUGGUUUAUAGGGUUGACUUGCCGGCCACAGGACUCGCCAUCGCGGUGAAGAAGUUCAGGUUGUCGGAGAAAUUCUCCGCGGCGGCUUUCUCGUCGGAGAUUGCGACGCUGGCGAGAAUCCGUCACCGGAACAUCGUGCGGCUGCUGGGUUGGGGGGCCAACAGGAGAAGCAAGUUACUGCUUUACGAUUAUUUACCGAACGGUAACUUGGACACUCUGUUGCACGAGGGGUGCACAGGAUUAAUUGACUGGGAGACAAGGCUCAAGAUAGCAUUGGGCGUGGCCGAGGGCGUGGCUUACUUGCACCACGAUUGCGUGCCAGCUAUCUUGCACCGGGACGUCAAGGCGCAGAACAUUUUGUUAGGAGACAGAUAUGAACCCUGUCUGGCUGAUUUUGGUUUCGCUCGCUUCGUCGAAGAGGAUCACGCUUCCUUUUCCGUUAAUCCACAGUUCGCAGGCUCCUACGGUUACAUUGCUCCCGAAUAUGCUUGCAUGCUUAAAAUCACAGAGAAGAGCGACGUGUACAGCUUUGGAGUGGUCCUACUGGAGACAAUAACGGGGAAACGGCCAGUGGAUCCAUCAUUCCCGGAUGGGCAACAUGUUAUUCAGUGGGUCAGGGAGCACCUCAAGAGCAAGAAGGACCCAAUCGAGGUUCUGGAUUCCAAGCUCCAAGGCCAUCCAGACACACAAAUCCAAGAGAUGCUACAAGCACUUGGUAUUGCUCUCUUGUGCACUAGCAAUCGUGCAGAGGAUCGACCCACAAUGAAAGAUGUUGCAGCAUUAUUGAGAGAAAUUCGUCAUGAUCCUCCACCGGGUGCUGAGCCCCACAAGCCCAAACCCAAAACAACUGAAGCUUCCUCCUAUUCCUCGUCCUCAGUCACCCCUGCUCAGUUGUUGCUCCUACAAUCUUGUUCCAACUCCUCCUCACUAGCUUACUCCUCUUCCUCAGCAGCAGGCUACCACCCUCCAAGGAACCAAUCCUGA